GUGGCUAGGAAACUCUAUCAGAACAGGAGCUGGUAGACCAAUAUCAGUUAAUGGAAGGAUAACUUUAACUGACAUACCUGGCAAGUUCUCUAUAAGUACAGAGAAACCAUACAAUCUGAAACUACAAAACGCUGACUUGAAUGAUGCUGGAAAGUACCAGUGUAAUGAUGUGCUAGCUGGAGCACUGAUAAGUGGCCUAGAGCCUCAGCUGGUUGUACUUGAACCCGCAUCAUGCCCUAUGUCAGGGACUACGGCAUUUAUUCAGAAUGAUACCAUUACAUUUGAGUGGUCUGUCACAUAUGCAGGAGAGAGAGAUGAUAGCCAGAAUCCCACUAUUACUUGGACACUUAAUGGUAUUGAGCAAACUGCAACACCUGAUGAGACUACACCUGGGGUCUUCAAGUCAAUGUUUACU